AUGUCAAAAGGCCACCGUGGGGCCCAACCUAUUCCUCUCGUGGUUACAGAUACUGCAGCAGCCGUUGAAUCGCCCAUCUCCAGUGGUCAAGCUCAUGGAAGCGGGGCAGCCGGUAUCAACCCCGCCAUCCGAGUCCAUGACCGGCGAGUUGUGUCACCGGCGAGCCAUGUAGCCAAUGGUCCCAUUCCACGCUCAGCUGUUGGCGGGGGUACCGGUCCGGUACAGACACAGCUGUCGUGGUUUCACGCUGCCUGA